AUGUCGUCAAUCCAGCAAUGGACAACCUCCCUCCAAGGCUUGGAUAGCCUGCAAUUUAGCGAGGCGCCAAAGCCAUCCGCUGGCCCCGGCGAGGUUCUUGUCAAGAUCUCCGCCGUUUCGCUCAACUACCGCGACUAUGAAGUUUGCUGCGGACUCUACGGCCACCACAAAUCCGUCAGUCAGGACAAGGCCUCGCUCGUACCAUGCUCGGAUAUGUGCGGAGAAAUCGUUGAGAUCGGCGAUGGCGUGACGGGCUGGAACAAGGGCGACCGCGUGCUUUCGACUUUCCUUCCCGAUCACCAGACCGGUCAGGUUGUUGAAAAGAUGAUGGCGAGUGGUCUCGGUCUCCCCCAGCCCGGUGUACUCGCAGAGUACCGCGCGUUCCCUGCGCACGGUCUUGUGCGCGCCCCAAACUACCUGUCCGAUGAAGAGGCGGCCACUCUUCCCAUUGCGGCGGUGACGGCAUGGAUGGCGAUCAAUGGCAUGCGGCCCAAGGGUCAGAACGGCGGUGAGGGAGAGUACAUCCUUCUCCAGGGUACCGGUGGCGUGUCUGUUUCGGGUCUUCAGAUUGCUAAGGCUUCUGGUGCAAAGGCGAUUAUCACCUCCUCGUCCGACGAGAAGCUUCAGCAGGCCAAGGAGCUCGGCGCCGACUACACGAUCAACUACCGCAAGAACCCCGAGUGGCAGGAAGAGGUAUUGAAACUGACGGACAACCACGGAGCCGAUAUCAUCGUUGAGGUUGGUGGUGCGGGUACGUUGAAGAAGAGCUUCAACUGCAUCGCCUGGGGCGGUCUCAUCGACUGCGUUGGAUAUUUGAGCGGAAAGGUUGAUGCCCCUGAGGACCGCACCAACGUGAACCUCCUCGCUCUCUCUCGGAACGUGACGCUGAAGGGCAUCAUUAACGGCCCUAAGGACCGCUUCGAGGAGAUGAUUGCUUUCUACGAGAAGCAUGGCAUCAAGCCGGUGGUGAACAAGAUCUUCUCAUUCAAGGAGGCGCCAGAUGCUUUCAAGUACUUGGCGAACGGACAGCACUUUGGAAAAAUCGUUAUCAAGAUUGCUUAG